CGACGAGGUAGAAGGCCCAGCAGUCAGGCGAAUCAGCGAAUCCAAAGGAGAGAAAGCACCCACGACUGGGACCGGGCAGUCAGCGAGACGUGAGUGAAGGCCUGAGAGCCGUCGUGUGAGGAUAAGUAUGGGCUGAGGCUUCUGUAUCAAGGGAUCGAGAAUUAUUGUAAUCUGAAUCGAUAAGUGAGAAGAUGUCCUUCUCCUUCCUGGCCUCCUUCCUCUCCAAGUUUCCCCUCUCCUACUCCUUCCCUCCUUUCUCGAUCUAGAUCGGACCCCUUACAAUUGGUAUCAGAGGUCAGCAGUAGACCUGGAGACGGCAUACCCGCGCCCGCGCUACACCACCAAGCAGGCGCUCAAGACGGCGGCGAUGGAGGAGCAGCUAGCGGCGUUGCUCCAGUCGGUCCAAGAGGGGCGCGCCGCCAACGACGCUAAGUUGGAGGCGAUCCAGCAGUCCCUGGAGCUUUGGCGCCCGGUGGUUCUAAAUCUUCAAGGCCAACUCGACGAACUCCGCACACAAGUGGGCAGGAUCGCGAUCCACCCCGCGCUCGCGGAUCCAGCACCGCCCACGGUGGUGCAGCAAGUGCCGCCACCGCCGUCGGCCGUUGAAUCGGGGCACCACGGGCCAAGUGGCCACGGCGGGAUCGACAACUCCGGGGGUUUGGUACACGGGGUGGUCACCACCCUGGCACCGCCUCCGGUCAAGGGUAAUAGAUUGUUACUGUUACUGUUAAAGACGUGGCUCUCUCGGUGCUGCAGCUUCUUCCUCGCCGUGCAGGGAGGCGGCGACGAGCUUCUACCUCGGCAACAACCACCUAGGUUCUGCCGUACAAGGAGCUCGGAUAGGCGCUGGAGGAGGUAGAGAAUUUGAUAAAAAAACAGGGCAGCAACAACAUUUCAGUUUGGGAAGGUUAGACUGCUGGAGUUGAAGCAGUUGUGGAUUUCUUCAAGGCAAAAAUAGAGCAUUUCCACUUAGUGAGAUGAAAAGGGUUAGCUUUCAGAUUUUGUUUCAGCAUGCUUUUGAUUGGUCACUCCUGAGCACUGAUUAUCACCUGCCUCCACUACUCCCACUCCGUAUGUAUUAGAAAUUCUAAAAAGACUUCAUGUGUGUGGGACAAAUGUGUGCUCGGUGCGUUAGGUCCUGCUUGUUUUAAUUUGAACAAGCUUUCCCUCCUUUAAUCCUUCCUUCCUGUGAUUCCUUUAA